CGAUCUCUCUUCUAUCCUCACCUCCUCUGCUUUCGGCUUCACUACCGAGACUGCUUCGCCUCUUCUAGAAGCUACCCGUCCCGGAGUAGCAGAAGGGCUGUUCGCGCUCCCACUUCCAUCGAAGGAGCUCCCUUGCUCAGCCUCGUACACUCUCUCCACGAUGCUUUGGACAGGCGCCAAAGGCAGUCGUGCCUCGUCGUCCAGGAUCGUUGUGUCUUGUCUGGCUGCUUUGCUUUCCACUGCGGCCCCUUCCUUCGCCGAUGUGGCAGUAGGUACACCUCUCGAUCAGCAGUACCCAAACGUAGCGCACCUCAGUCAAGACUUCUCUUGGACAUUUCCCGAGUCGACCUUCAAUAGCUCCACUGGGGCCCAGAUUACCUACACUACUUCCACUCUACCAAGCUGGGUGACUUUCGAUGGCACUACGCGUACCUUCUCAGGGACACCCUCUGCCGACGAAGACCUGGGCACAACGAAGGUGACGGUCACUGCAAGCGAUGGAUCCUCCAUGUCUGCUCGCAGCGCCUUUGGUCUCCUCGUCACUAGUGAUCCUGCGCCGAUCCUUUCAUACUCUCUACAGUCUCAGCUGCCGGUCGCGAGCUCGCUUGGAAAGUCUCAGAUUCUUGCAGGCAACAAGCUGCACAUUCCCUUCGGCUGGUCCUUCUCUGUCGGAUGGCGGGGAUCGACGUUCUACCUCCCCAGCAACAACACCGUCUACACGUACGCGACCAUCAACGGCUACGAAGCCCUUCCCAGCUGGCUGAUGUACAGCUCCGACACUUACGCCAUGUGGGGCAUCGCUCCCAAUACUCCGCAAUCAGAGGGUACGGAGUUCGUCUUUGUUCUAUCAGGUGCAAACGAGCUCGGUUAUGCUGGAACCCAGACGAACCUCACUAUCGUCCUGGGUGAGGGAAAGCUGAGCCUCUCCACGAGCGCAACAAAGUACGGAUCGCCUCUGCAGACGGUCAAUGCUACUGUUGGAAUCGAGCUCGAGUACACUAUUCCCACUGAUAUCAUCGCCGUUGAUGGCCAAGGGACUCGCUCAUCUCAACAGCUGAAUAUGACUGCUGAUACCAGCGAAGCCGGGUCUUGGCUGUCAUUUGACAGCACCACUCGUACACUCAGCGGCACUCCGCCCUCGGACGUCAUCAUGAACUCCCCUGAGGCUACAACCGUUGACGUUUCAGUCACAGCCACAGACUCUCUAGGAGAGAGCCUGACAUUCACCGUGCCUCUCGCCAUCUACCCUGCCAUCUUCUCCAACGACACACUGCCCAAUGUCUACGUUGAAGCAGGUCAGCCAUUUGCAGCUUCGCUGAGCAACUACAUUCGCAACAGCGAUCAGGCCAACAUUACUGCCUCCUUCAGCCCUUCCAACGCUAGCUCAUGGAUCGGUUACGAUGCUGACACCCUUGUCCUGUCCGGCACUGCGCCCGACAAUCUCACCGCCGAAGCGAAAGUCGCUGUGACUUUGACCAAUCUGGCUCGGACCGAGGGCGACAGCGCCGGUAGCCUCGCGAGAAGGGAUACGCCCUCUAACCAGGCUGUUUUCUACGUUGCGCUGAAUGGCACCGAUGCAGGAAGCCCGGAUGCGACUGGUGGAAAUAUCCCUGCAGGUGACGGUACUGGUCCGGUAGCAGAGAAGCGGAAGAGAGUCAUUGCCGGGGCGGUGAUCGGUACUAUUGUUGGCUUGCUCUUGAUUGCGCUCCUCGUCUUCCUCUGUCUUCGCCGGCGCAAGAGGCGAGAGGCAGAAGGCAGAGCGCCCGGCUCCUCCAUUGCUACAAAAUCGCCAGCUCUGUCGUCUUCGGACGAGAGGACACUUCGCGAUGAAACUUCGCCCGCCUUCAUUGCUGCACCCUUCAAGAAGAUGAUGAGCAAGGAGGGAGCUAGUCCGGCGACCCUGUACGGGGGCUCUCCUUUCCUUCACGCUGAUGGAAAGACGCUACACCAUGAGCAAGCAGUCGCCAACGACGGAAGCGAGCUUCGUGGUAUUCUGAUCACCAGUGAUCGAUAUGCCCGUCAGUCCGAAGAGCAGGCAGCCAGAUAUGCCGCUGUAGGUGCAGGCGCUGCGGCUGCUGGGCCGUAUGACGAAGACGUGUAUGGUGACCAUGCGUACGAACAACAGCCGGAGAGACCUCAGCAGCACGGUAUGAUGUCUGCCCUGGUGGGCGGCGGUGCCAAGAAGCGGCAACAACACGGAGGCCCCACGGUGGAAGAGGAGGAGGAAGCUGCGCGGAUAGCGGCGGGUAUGCAGCACGGUCGCUCGCAGUCGACUGGUCUCGGGUUGACGGGUGUGGGCAUGGAUGCUUCUGGCAGCAAUGAAGAUGACCCUUAUCGGCAGAGAAAUGCGCACGCUCGCUCUAGGAUGAGCCUUCGUAGCUCGGUCAGCAGGGAGAGUUGGGAAGACGACCUCUUCUACGACGACAACGCACGCGAUUCUCGUGCAGCCACUGCCGGCUCAUUCGAUGGGGUCGCUCACAGUCGCACAACGUCCAUCAAGGCCCUGACUGGCAUUGCCGAGGAGAAUGAGGUCCCUCGCCGUCGAGGAGAUGGACGAGUCUCGUCAAGGCAAAGUCAUAUGCGCCAUCGUAGCGCACACAUCAAGACCUCGCCCACUUUUGCUGCUACUGCUGCAUUUGCUGCGCCAGCCAGCGACGAGUCCGCAGAGUAUGACAGGAGCUACGGUGGUGAUCAUCGCAUCGUCAUUAAUGGCGCUGAGGACGGCGAAGGGCUUCAGCAUGGAAGUACCAAUGACUUCGUCAUUGGCACUGCUCAGCGUGUCGAUGUCAGAGAGCUGGGUCGCAACGGCUCCGUCACGGCUCGCACACCUCAACUGAAACACAGUCACGGCCGAAACGAGAGCAUGCACGCUGAUGCUCAGCCGUCACCGUCUGGUGCCUUUGAGGAUGCGGAAGACGAGGCCCAGCCCCUGCCACAAGGUGCUUGGUCAGCGCCUCAAGGCCGAGGCAACAGGGACAGCGCAUUUUCCACGAUGACAACGGACAGCAACAUGUUGGCGCUGAGUCCGUACAUCUCCUACCCGGAACCAGGAGACAAUGCUGACGCCAUGAGCGUUAGCGUCUAUUCGCCGCGUCCUCCCUCGAUGUUCGGCGGUGCAUCCAUUGCAUCUAAUGUUCGUCCUGAAGACACGCUGCGGGCUGUGGAGUACUCCAGGAAGCCGGGUCCCCCAUCGCCCCUCCUUUUCCCGCCAUCUCAAGCUCAUCUGCGCCCAGCAAACAGGGCUUCUUCCCCUACAGGACCAGCACCCGUCGUGCCUCCUCUUCGACCACAGUCUGCGAUUGUCCCCGAGGAGCUAGAAGCGACCGUAGCGCUUGGCGAAAGGAUUCGCAUCAAGCUUACUCCACCAGGGGGACCCUCAAUGCGAGGUGCAGCCGGCUCAGCCGGUACUCGAGCCGGUCAGAAGGGCAAAUACGUACCUCUGCUCGACAACGUGAUGAUGAAAGCCCACGGUACCUGGCCACUUUGGCUCAGCGAAUGGGUGUUUUGGGACCCCAAUAUGUUCGAGCUUUCUGGAGAGGUGCCCCUCGACUUCCACUUGGCCGAAGUCACAAUCGCCCUCGUACAUCGCAGGCCGGUCACUACCUACGCCCGUCCUGGUAGUCCCAAGAGGCUAGGUGGCCACAGGAGGCAGGACAGCAAUGACAUGACUGUCGAGGAUGAGGUGGUCGCCAGGCUGACCCUCAUCAUCCAGCAUCCUCACGGGGGCGCCUACGAUAACAAUGUGCCUCUUCAACGCGGAGUCACUGGAGCGGCCUUCUGAUCUCGAGCGGAUGAACGUGGUAGAUUAUCAGGUCUUCGUCUCGGAGGUAGCGGUCAUGUUGGAAGUAGCUCUAGCAAAGUUCAGCGAUAUAUAGG